CGAACUGCGGUGCGCCUACUCAAUGCUUAUCCUUCAUUGCUCCUUUUCAACAAUGCGACCAGCAAAACCUUUUCAACCCGUCUAAAUCGACGUCCGUUCCCAUAAACUAUCAGCACCGGCGCCAAUGCGCAUGCGCGACUACACAUAACGAAGCAAGCAGCGCGACAGUGCGCCAUAAUAAAUCCAAUACAUGGAAUAAUUGAAACUCUAAAUGGAUUCAUUUGAAAAGCGUUGCAGACUGUGUGCGAAACUACAUGAAGCUUCGAUAAUGAUAUUCGGCGCAGAAACAGCUUCUAUGGAACUCCAAAGCAAGUUGAAUAAGUAUCUGCUGCUAGAGGUUGAUGAAGAUGAUAACUUACCUAAAAGCAUUUGUACCCUGUGUUGUAAACAAUUGCAAGAAGUUUGCGAAUUUAUUGAUAGAACUCGUGAGGCGCAAGAGAUUCUUUUAAAACAAAGCACGCUUCAUGAACAGCUUAAAAACAUCGAAAGGACUAAAAAAUCACAGAUGCCUCAAAUAACGAACAUAACAUAUCAAGGCUCCAACAACCAAAUAUCAACGACGGUGUCAGCAGAUGUUACUCUAGAUUUCGCUGAGAUAACGUACUUACAUGGAGCGGACGGAGAAAAUGUAACCCUAACUCGCAAUAAGGGUAAAGCCGCAUCCUCUGAUCCAAAAGAAGUAAACGAAAAACCUUUUGGUUGCAAUUUAUGCUGUAGGAAAUUUCUAACAGAGUUCGCUCUUAAGAACCACAUCUGGUUACAUUCAUCACCUGGUGCAGACCAUACUUUUGUCUGUACAACUUGUGAUAAAAUAUUUUAUGUAAAGAAUGAUUUCUUGGCGCAUUUUAAGGAGCAUAAAUAUUCACGGUAUUGUCCUAAGUGUAAGCGAACAUUCAGAUCAGAUCGGAAUUUAAAAUUACACAUGGAAAUGCAUAGUUCAAACAAAAGUCUCUUUACGUGUAACGAUUGUGGACGAUCAUAUUCUACGAAGAACAGUUUGAAAAAUCAUAUGAUUUCACACAGUGAUGAAAAACCUUUUCAAUGCACGGAGUGCAAGAAAAGUUUCAAAAGACGUCAAGAGUUGCGAUUUCAUUCAAACAAACACACUGGAGCGCGACCAUUUAAAUGUCCAAAAUGUGAUAGCUGCUUUACAAGUUCGGGCAACUGUUAUUCACACAAAAUAAGAAUGCACCCGAUGGAGCGUGAAGAAAAGGAAGCUGUAGAAGUCAAAUCUAAUGGUGACGAAGACAUCAAAUAUAAGUCCAAAUACAAGUGUCGUAUCUGUUCCCAUACAUUUAAUCAAAAGAAAAAUUUUAGAUACCAUAUGUAUCAACAUACAGGUAUAAAGCCAUAUCACUGUAUAUAUUGUAUAGAAAAAUUUGUAACAAGAAGAGGAAUUCAUCUCCAUUAUGAACAUAAGCAUCCAGGGAGAGAUCGUCCACUGGCUUUACUGACUAAAACUGACAACUUUUCACAGAACUAG